AUGCCUUGGAGCGAGGUCGUGAGGAGAGGGCAAAGGGGGGGAAAGAAAAAGGCGAACCGAGGUCGGACCGACGCCAAUGCCGAGAGGAGGAGAGCGCCCAGGACGCACACGAUCCGAGAGCCGAGAUCCGCCGCGGUGGUGGUGACUAUCACGCCGGAGGGCACCGCCAAGGGUCUAACAUACGACUCCGUGAUAGCCGAGGCCAAGUCCAAGAUCAGGCUCCAAGAUGUCGGCAUCACCACCGGGGUGCGCUUCCGGAUUUGCGCCACGGGAGCUAGGCGCUUCGAGGUGAUUGGCGAGGAAAAUGGGCCCCAGGCUGACGCAUUAGCGGCAAGGUUGUCCCAAAUCUUCGAUGGAUCGCUGGUACGCAUCACCAGGCCAGCCAAAACCACGGAGAUCAAGGUCUCUGGUUUCGACGACUCGGCGACGGUGGAGGAGGUUUUGAUCGCUGUAGCAGGAGCCGGGGGCUGUGUUAAAGAAAGUCUCCGCUGCACGGGAUUGGUUCGGGACCGGUUUGGAGUGUACCAUGCGUGGAUUGAGUGCCCGGUAGCGACGGCCAAGCGGGUUGCCGCAGCGGGUCGCCUGGUGAUGUCGUGGGCCUCGGCAUCAGUCAGGCUGCUCGAACCUCGCCCGCUACGUUGGUACCGGUGCCUUCAAAAGGGUCACGUGAGGGUACAGUGCACCGCAGAGGUGGACAGAAGUAACCAGUGCUUCCGGUGCGGGGUCGACGGUCACAAAUUUAGAGACUGCACGGCUAGACCGCACUGCACCAUCUGCGCAGCUGCAAAAAGACCCGCGGACCACAGGCUAGGCGGCAAGGGCUGCUCGGCUCCAGCGCCCAAAGCCAACCUUAAUCACUGUGCGCGGGCCCAAGACCUGCUCGUCCAGAGCGUGGCCGAGUGGUCGGUACAAAUAGCGGUAGUGUCGGAGCCUUAUUUUGUUCCCGAUAGAGACGACUGGUUGAGCGAUAAGGACGAGGUGGUCGCGCUUUUUGUGCCCCGGUCCCCGAGUUCUCCGUCUUUUGGUGGGGUUCGAAGGGGCCGUGGCUACGUUAGCGCAACGGUAGCAGGAACCCUAGUCGUCGGCGUCUACUGCGCCCCGAGUUGGAGCCUCGUAGAUUUCGAAUCUCUACUCGACCAGGUUGGAGCGCUCGUUCGCAGAGGUCCCCGUUAUGUGGUGGUGAUGGGUGACUUCAAUGCGAAGAGCUCCGCCUGGGGUGACGUAGUCACAAACCCUCGGGGCGCAGUACUGGAGGAAUGGGCCCUGACUACGGGACUCACCGUCCUCAACCGAGGCUCAAAGCCCACCUGUGUUCGGCCACAGGGCAACUCCGUGGUGGAUAUUUCGUUCGCCUGCCCAGCGACGGCGAGACGGGUGUACGGGUGGGAGGUUGUGGAAGGUGUGGAGAUACUCUCCGACCACCUGUACAUCCGUUUCCAGAUAUCGGACUCGUAUUUGGCUCCAGUCCAUCAGGGGGCGCAGUCGCCUCACCGGGAUACUCCAUGGUGGGUAGUGAGGCGUCUUAACAGAGACCUGCUGAUAGAAGCCGCCCUGGUUGAAACCUGGUCUCCCGCGGACACCUCCCUGGGCAUAGAUGAAAGGGCCGAAGAAAUAUGCGCAUCGAUGUCCCGGGUGUGUAGCGCAUCGAUUCCCCGGCAAGGCCCCAGACCGCAGAAAAGGGAGGUCUACUGGUGGACUGCCGAGAUAGCCUCGUUACGCAGCGCGUGUGUUAGAGCUAGGCGUCAGGUCCAACGUCAUCGUCGAAGGAGGCACAGGGAUGAAGUGGUCGAGGAGGCCUGA